AUGGAUAAGGAAAAGAAAGAUAAUUGGAAAUGCCCCACAUGCAAAAGUAAACAAAGGAAAUUUGACAAUACUAACACCCCCGUACAAGGCUGUCGUAUGGAUUCGCUUUCAUCUGCGUCUGAUCAGAUAACAGAAGACUCUGAAGAAUGUAAUUUAACUCAACGCAAACCGUUAAUCCCAGAGAAACAACCAUUAUCCCCUGGUUCUUCUUGUAUCAUGGACGAUAAGGUUUUAGUCAAUAUUAUACGUCGAGAAAUACAGCAGUCUGUGACGGAGGCUGUUGAAUCAGUCAUCAAGAUGUAUUUUUCUAAGAAGUUCGAUGAAAUUAAAAGCGAAUUGGCUAGGUACCUUACGAGAAAUCGGUAA